AUGUCGUCAAACGCCAAUUACGAGCCGGAUGCGAACCCAGGAAGCGUCGGUGCUAGUCCAGACAUGGGAGACAGUGGAAGUAUCGCCGGUGCAGCCGGGACAUCAUCAAACGACAUCGGGCUAUCUCAAGGUGGUCUGAUCGCCAUCAUUGUGGUUGUUUGUGUCGUCACAAUCUUCGGUGUCGGUAGCGCAGUUCUCUUCUUCCUGGCAAAGAAAAAUGAGUGGAAGGUCAGGGAGACCAUUCGAAAGUCGGCAAAGAGGGUCGUCACGGCUUUGACCCCACGACGCAGCGAGUUCCCCAGAUCGGUCAAGGGAUCUUUCCGAUCAACCAGAUCCCAACAUAAAGGCCGUGUAAGGAUCGAUGAUGUGCCACCAACCCCGCGCAUCAAGCCCGAGCACCUGGAUUUGGAAAAGGGCAUGGGGAAGCCGGAGAAGUCAGGAAAAACACGCAUCAACUUCAGUCGGAAGUGA